AUGAUCACGACCACUGCUGCUGCUGCUGGGCAAAGGACGACAUGUUUCUUGAAAUCCUGGCCUGUCCAAUGGAUUAGCGCCUCAACAGGGUCCAGUUAUUUCCAUCGGCCCUCCAGCGCAUCCUCCACUUCUCUCGUCAUCGCCGAUCUUCCCUCGCGGCUUUGCCGGCUGCCUUUUCAGUCCCAGUCAUCGGCUUCUCUUGAGUCUGCUGCUGCAAAGUCGCCUUGCACGGCCUAUCCCCGGCAUGACAGCAGGCCAAAGUCACUCCGAGAUGCAUAUCUGCAUCUUUCAUGGGGCUUGAAUGAGAGAGGAUGUUCGGAAGUUCACGAAAAAGGCAACAAUAGGAUGCCGAACGACGCUAUCGACCACUAG